GCGGCCGGGUCCAUUGCCGCACCGGCAACAUCAUCAUCCUACUCUCUACCACUCCAACCCACGUUUUUCUUAUCCACACGCCGCGGACUUGGCCAAGUGACCGCCGAGGCAGUUCCCCAUCAGGUGCCCAAACACCGCGUUAGACGGUCCCAGCCGCGUCUUCGUCGUUUUUUUUCGCGAUACGCCAAGUACCGGCGUUUCAGUGGCGUUUUUGGUCCUUCGACUCGGAUAACGAAAAGAGUGCCGUCCCGUUAUCGAAAAGUGCCGGCGGUAACGACGUGCCGUUUGGAUUUUGUGUUUCGAUAUGCAAGUUUAUUGACCGCCGCUUGGUGUACUGGUGGUACGACAUCUGUGCAAUCUCUCUGUGCGCGUUUUGUGCCCGCUGUUAUAGAUAGGCUCGUUUUUCGGAUUAAAGAGGAUCGUGCCGUUUCUAAGGCGGCUCUUGCCGAACAUGUAAACUUAUAGUGCAUCAGCCAUAUGGGACUCUCAAGAAGCCCCAAAAAUCUACCUCCUACCAUGAAGAACCGUACGUCGAAGGCUGUGAUCAUCAUAAAGACGGAAGGCACCUGAAAUACAAAAAUGAGACCCCUAUCGUUCGAGAACCUUCGUAGGUUAGUCGGGGGCAAGAAGAAGAAAAAGAAGGAUGACUCCGGUUUCAGAAGGAGCGAAUCAUUCAAGAGGAUAUCAAUACGAAAGAGCUAUCUGGAUCGCGGCAAGAAAAAGAACUUAUCGAAGCUGGAAGUAGCCACGCAAACCGUUCCCGAAGAGGAACUAUCCAAAAUUUUUGAAGCCACGUGCAAAGUCGACUCCGCCAUUCAGGUGGAUAGAGAUGAGCCGUUCCAAAACACCUAUAUGGAGCUGCCGAGGAGAAAGCAUGUUCUUCCAAGCACCACCAAGAACAACGCUCAACCGGAGAAGUUCAAGGUGAAAGAGCCACCUUUGACGUCGUUCGGUGGUAAGGGUUCUGAGAGGACUGUUAUAUACGUACCUGCCUCCGACGACAACCUCCCUCCUCCUAUUAUCGAGGAGAUAUCUUGCUCCCCAACCCUUAGGAGGAGAUCGUCGCAUUCCAGCAUCCUGGAACGGAAGGAGAGCAACGAUUCGGCAGUGGAGAUGUUUCCUUGGGGCGAUUCCGUAGAUAUUAAGAAAUCCCCCUUGAUGAGGGAUAAGACGAAACUCAACCGUUUACCUUCGUUGAUGCCGACUGAUUCCGGCAACGAAGAGAUGUGCUCGCUUUCCAUCAGUCUGGGUAGGAUCUGGAUGGACGCCCCUAGGGUAAUGUCUCCUAGAAGCCUGGAGAUACCGAGGAGUAACGAACGCCAAUCGAACCCACCAGCACACAACUCUCUGGACAGCGCGUUGCGAGACAUGAAGGACGACAGAGUGAUAUCCAAUCGCCUUCAGAAGAGGCAAGGGUUUUACGUGAGCAGAACCUCCUCUUCCAACAGCAACACCACGAAUUCGACUGGUCUUCUUUCUAGCAGGGAUUCUGGCUUAUCAUUUUCUGUGCCGACGUCUCGUUUCUCCGACUUCAAUUCACCCUUUAAGAUGACCUCGGGGUUCUUCAAUAAACAGCCAAAACCGAGACUGUCGGUGAGUCGCGACGGUUACUUCAAGAGGACUACCUUGGCGGAGACCAACAGACGCUCGGUGAAGCGGAAGAGCAGCAGGAAAAAGAAGAACAAGCUGACGAGAGAGGACAAACGGAGGAGCUGCAAGAACGACAUCUACCAGGUGGUCGUUGGCAGGCGUCCGCGUCAGCUGAGCUUCCUCAAGCUGGACCCUAUGAUCUUCGUGCCUCCGGAGAAGAGGAAACCCUCGAUGAAGAGGAAGAAGUCCUUCAGGAGUGAGAUGUGUGAGAUAAGAAACCUGAAUCCGACGGAGAGUGUCUACGUGGGCGUCGACACGACUACGGACGAGGAUCUGUACGAAAGCCUACCGGGGGAUCUGGACCUGGAGCUGUGGGAAGAUGGGCGAUGCGAGAACGGACACCUUUCUGAUGACAGUUCGCAAGACGAUGAAGUGAGAGGGUCGGUUUGUGAAGAGACCGCUCGGUUGUUGAGCGAUUCCGACGGUGACUCUGUUGAUAGUAAUAGUGAUAGUGAGUGGAAGUAUAUACCGACGACCUCGGCGAAGGUGGCUCGACCGAUCAAGAGGAAGAAGUCGAUCGGUAUAUCGCGUAAGAGGAAUGCUACGUUUGUCGUCAGACCGACCAUCAUAAGGGCGCCGUCCACCUUGAGAAGACCUAACAGAAAAUGCGGUGACAUCACACAAAAAGGAUAUGAAAAGAAGAGGACGAAACUUCUCUCAUCAUAUGUGCCUAAACAAAAUUCAACCGGAAGCGGUUCGCACGAGAGCGGCAAAAGCAGCGGCGGCGACAAUGGGACGGCCGCCAAGCCGCAACAGCACACUAGACGACGCACGCAACGGCGUGUCACGCACAACGAGAAACGAUACCACUCAGGUUCGAACCCCGUUUAUUCCGAUGCUGGGGAUGCAACUAGCGCGAAAGAUUCCAAGGGCAGCAGCCAGCAAGGCCCGGCCAAUCGGGCCGUACGUAGGGGCAAUCGAAGGCUCACUCGACACGAGAGCCGUUAUCACUCAGAGGUACGUCAAGAAGCUGUCCAAAGAGCUCUCGCCCAAGCAAUGCAGAAUAGGCUCAAACCAUCGAUGCCGAUGCCGUCCAAAAGGACAUCUGUGAUGGCCAGAAGUCCCGAUAGAGAUCGACACGACUCAGAUUCAUCCUCCGAUGAAGAUAGCCUGGGCAACGAGGAACUGGUAGAAACCACGCCCGACAAGGAAAGACCUAAGGACAGGAGUACACCCCAGAUGUUUCCGCCACCCCCUUUGUCGGACACAAGCAGUACCGGUUCGCCGCCCCCGUUGAACUACAGGGCUCGUCUGCCGCCACCGCCCAACAACUGGGACCAUAGAAUGAAACAUGAAAUGACUGAGAUUAACGAUGUUAUGCAGAAUAUAAGGCCAUAUUCACAACCUCCUGACGUAACCCACAACACUGCCCAAGGAGGACGUAGACCUCCAGCCGCCGAUAGACUGAAUAGAUACGCAUCAUCGACGUCAGACGACACCAUCGGUACUGGUACCGGAAAAUGGAAGGUGUCUGCUAAAAUACAGCAACUCCUCAACACAUUGAAGAAGCCUAAGAGGAGGCCUUUGCCGGAAUUCUACCAAGACGACGAUAUAGAGCUAGAAAUAGCCGCCAAUCCGAAAGAUCCCAAUGCGCCCAAACCUGAAGGUGGGUGUAUGACGCCUUCCUUGGGAGAUCCAUUGGCUAUUCCUUCUGGUCUACCGAGAAAUAUCGAAGCUGCUAUAUCGAGAUAUGGCUGUGCUUCAUUCAAGGCUCCUGUCGCCACUGUGCUAGAUCCUAAUGGUAAACUGACUGUGACCUUAACUUACGGAAAACUACUCACCCGAUCGUGGAAAAUCGCCUACGCGUUGUUAACCAAAUCAUUCGGCAAGAACGGCGAUACGAGUCUCAAGUCGGGCGAUAGAGUGGCCUUGGUUUACCCUAACAACGAUCCUAUCAACUUUAUCUGCGCCUUCUACGGCUGUCUACAAGCAGGCAUUGUGCCAGUUCCAAUAGAAGUGCCCAUCACGAGAAGGGAUGCGGGAUCUCAGCAGAUAGGCUUCUUGUUGGGCAGCUGCUCGGUGCAGGUGGCCCUCACCUCCGAAGCAUGUUUGAAGGGCCUGCCCAAAACCACUUCCGGUGAUGUGAUCCAAUUCAAGGGUUGGCCUAAACUCAACUGGUUCGUAACGGAACACUUGACGAAGACUCCCAAAGAUUUCACGCCCGAUCCGAGGUUGUCAGAUGAAACACCGGCAUAUAUAGAAUACAGCACCGACAGGGACGGAUCAGUCAUGGGAGUGACCAUCACAAGGGCGGCGAUGUUGCAACAUUGCAGGAUGUUGACGAUGGCCUGUAACUACACCGAAGGCGAGAAUAUGGUCUGCGUGUUAGACUUUAAGCGUGAAGUAGGUCUGUGGCAUUCGGUUCUAACCAGUCUCCUGAACGGUAUGCACGUGAUAUACAUACCGUACGCGUUGAUGAAGGUGAAUCCAGCCAGCUGGAUGCAGAUGAUCACCAAGUAUAGGGCUUCGGUCGCGGUGGUCAAGUCCAGAGAUCUCCAUUGGGGUUUGCUGGCCACCAAAGACCACAAGGACAUAAAUAUGUCGUCGUUGAGGAUGCUUCUGGUGGCCGACGGUGCCAAUCCUUGGUCGUUGAGUUCUUGUGAUCAGUUCUUGUCCGUGUUUCAAAGCAAAGGGUUGAGGCCUGAUGCGAUAUGUCCCUGCGCCAGUUCCAGCGAAUGCUUGACUGUUUCUGUGAGAAGACCCGGGAGAGCUGGAGUGAAUUCGACCGGAAGAGGAGUGUUGUCGAUGCAGGGCCUCAGUUACGGAGUGGUCAGGGUGGAUCAGGAAAAUAGCCUUACCUCCUUGACCUUGCAGGAUUGUGGGCAGGUGAUGCCUGGGUGUGUGGUUGUGGUGAUCAAGAUGGAAGGGCCUCCUUUCCUAUGUAAAACUGACGAAGUAGGUGAAAUCUGUGUCAACUCCGGAGCUAGUGGUACGCAAUAUUGGGGAUUGCAAGGACUGAGUAACUCGACCUUCAAAGUGCAACCGAUUACUGCUGAUGGAAAGACAAUAGGAGACGCUGAAUAUACAAGAUCUGGCCUUCUUGGAUUUCUGGGUCCGGGAGGAUUGGUUUUCAUUUGCGGUUCCAAAGAUGGACUGAUGACAGUUACUGGUAGGAAACAUAAUGCCGAUGACAUCAUUGCUACCGUAUUGGCUGUGGAACCAAUGAAGUUCAUCUAUAGAGGAAGGAUAGCAGUUUUCAGUCAUAGAGUUUUGAGGGAUGAGAGGAUAUGUGUUAUUGCAGAGCAAAGACCUGAUUGUAGUGAAGAGGAAUCUUUCCAAUGGAUGUCCCGAGUACUUCAAGCAGUAGAUUCGAUACACCAAGUUGGCAUUUACUGUUUGGCAUUAGUACCUCCUAAUUAUCUACCGAAAACUCCUUUGGGAGGUAUACAUUUAUCUGAAACGAAAAGGAGAUUUUUAGAAGGAACUCUACAUCCUGCUAAUGUUUUAAUGUGUCCACAUACAUGUGUUACGAAUUUGCCAAAACCCCGAGAAGUGCAUUCAGCAACCGACUGUGUUUCAGACGUUGGCCCCGCGUCUGUUAUUGUGGGAAAUCUUGUGCAAGGUAACAGACUGGCCUGCGCUCAAGGCAGAGAUGUUGGGGGUUUGCAGGAAGAGGAGGACUCUUCGAAAAAGCAACAAUUCAUCACAGAAAUCUUGCGGUGGAGGGCGCAUAGUACCUCAGAUCACACACUGUUUACCUUAUUGAACAGCAAAGGUACGGCUGCUAAGGUGCUUACUUGUUCAGAAUUGCACAAGAGGGCUGAGAGGAUAGGCAACCUUCUGAACGAGAAAGGAAGGAUAAACACUGGUGAUCAUGUGGCUUUAAUCUUCCCUCCGGGAUUAGAUUUGAUAUGCGCUUUCUAUGGAUGCUUAUAUGUAGGUGCUGUACCCGUAACUAUAAGGCCACCCCACCCCCAAAAUUUGCAGACUACCCUUCCUACAGUUAGGAUGAUUGUGGACGUUUCUAAAUCUGUAUUAGUAUUAUCUUCACAGGCUGUGAUCAAGCUUCUGCGCUCCAAAGAAGCAAGUAACGUUGUCGAUAUCAAAUCUUGGCCUCUCAUAUUAGAUACUGAUGAUAUGCCCAAAAAGAAGUUACCAGUUCUUUAUAGGGCACCGGCUGCCGAGAUGCUCGCAUAUUUGGAUUUCAGUGUUUCCACAACCGGAAUGUUAGCCGGCAUCAAGAUGUCCCAUGCUGCUGUUACGAAUCUCUGCAGGAGCAUGAAGCUUUCCUGUGAACUGUAUCCGAGCAGACACAUCGCUUUGUGCUUGGACCCAUAUUGCGGUCUAGGCUUCGCUUUAUGGUGUCUGAGCAGCAUAUAUUCGGGCCAUCAUUCGAUCCUAAUACCACCGUCGGAGAUCGACGUAAACCCCGCCCUCUGGCUGACAGCUGUCAGUCAGAACAAAGUUCGCGACACCUUCUGCUCAUACGGCGUCAUGGAACUGUGUACGAAAGGACUGGGAUCGUCGGUCAACCAACUGAAGACGCGCGGUGUAAACCUGGCCUGUGUGAGAACUUGCGUGGUAGUAGCAGAAGAAAGGCCUAGGAUAAACCUGACUACCAGCUUCUCGAAAUUAUUCAGUGCUUUAGGCUUGAGCCCCAGGGCCGUAUCGACGAGUUUCGGUUGCCGCGUGAACGUCGCCAUCUGUCUGCAGGGUGCUUCUAGUCCCGAACCGUCCUCCGUGUUCGUAGACCUGAGGGCGUUGCGCAACGAUCGCGUCAGCCUGGUGGAGAGGGGAAGCCCGCACAGUUUGUGCAUCAUGGAGAGCGGAAAAUUGCUGCCCGGCGUCAAGGUCAUCAUCGCUAAUCCGGAAACGAAGGGCCAGUGCGGCGAUUCGCAUCUCGGCGAGAUCUGGGUGCAGAGCGGCCACAACGCCAGCGGUUAUUUCACCAUCUACGGCGAGGAGAACGAGUGCAACGACCACUUCAACGCCCACCUGGUGACCGGGAACACGGGAGAAGUUUACGCCAGGACCGGGUACCUGGGCUUCCUGAGAAGGACGGAGACCGCCUCGAUCACCGGGUCCAAUAGGAGCGCUCUGGAAGAAACGAUACUGGGCAGGGACAGCGAUACGGAAUCCUUGAAUUCGUCACAUCACAUUCUCAACGCCUCAUCCUCCGACAGUCCCGAACAGCACGACGCUGUAUACGUGGUCGGGGCUUUAGACGAAACGAUUAUGCUUAGAGGCAUGAGAUAUCACCCUAUCGAUAUUGAAAACAGCGUGAUGCGGUGCCAUAAGAAAAUUGCAGAAUGCGCUGUUUUCACUUGGACCAACCUUUUAGUUGUAGUGGUAGAAUUAGAUGGUAAUGAAAGUGAAGCCUUGGAUUUAGUACCAUUAGUGACAAACACAGUACUAGAAGAGCACCAUCUCAUAGUUGGAGUCGUCGUAGUUGUAGAUCCGGGAGUUGUUCCGAUCAACUCCAGAGGAGAAAAACAAAGAAUGCAUUUGAGAGAUGGAUUUUUAGCGGAUCAAUUAGAUCCAAUUUAUGUGGCGUAUAACAUGUAAGAUGUAAUUCAUUAAUAAUCAGUUCUUACAAUUAAUUUGGCGUGAUCGAACGAACUUUUGAAACAGAUAAUACUGAGGUGAUAUCCUUGAGUUUUAAUUUUAUAACCGUCAAUGUUGUAAUCACUAUAACUAAUUUUGUUCACUGAUUCAACCAGGUGAUGAGGAAUAAAUAUUUUUAUGUUGAAUUAGCUCUCUGCCAUAGAAAUCCUUCAGUAUUACUUCAAAAGGGAUUUAUCGAUUGUAGAUCACUCCAGUGAUAAUAAUCGUAUCUUUUUGUACAACUAGAAAAUUCGGAAAAAAGUCGUAUAAUAAUUUGGAUCAGCUGAAAAUUUUGCACAAAUUUUAUAACAGUUGUUGGAAAGCUCAAAAAAAGAUCUAUAUUUCUAUGAAAGAAAUUGUUAGCAAAACUUGUUAGUUGUGUGUCUGUUUGCUGAUGUCAUCAGACUUUUUCAUUACACAACAAGAUAUGUUCGAAGUAAUUCAAAUUUGAAAUUUCCAAGAUGUAUUUCAGCUCAAAUUUUUCAAGUCUCAACAUUUACAUGUUAGUAGUUUAGAUGUAAAUAUUAUGGCCUACUGCCGAUAGUGUAUUGUAUCAAUAGAUUGUACAGUCAACAUCUCUCUUCUGGUAUUUUUUUUAGAUUUGAGCAAACUAUCAUGUGAUUAUGAACUUUUUGUGAUUUAAGUUAGCCGUAAGCACCUUUUUUCAUUUAUUAUUAUGUUCCAUGAAAUGAUUUCUUGAAGUAAAUGAUUAUUUAUUAAGAGUCUAGUCUAACUUUGAUUUGGCCACGUCCCUGAAGAUUAUCACAGGAAAAAAACAAAAUCUUCGUGGUUGUGAAAAUAAAAUUUUAUUUUUAAUUUGUUUUUUCCAUUAUUGGAAUCUUUCAGUUUUUUGUUAUCCAUAUUUCAUAAUGAUUUAAUGACAUCACUUGAAAGUUUUUAAAUGCGUUAUGAUUCUUUUAGUUUCAAUAAAUGAUGUUAAUUUAUUUAAACUUCAUAAGUUAGGAUUGAGUGCAAUUUAAGAGAAUAAUUAUAUGCAUUGUGACAUAUGGAAUUCUAAGAAAAACAUUUCAAUUAAUCAUUAAUAAUUCUAACAAUUGAAAACUGACUGAAAAUUCAAAUACUUUAAUACCAACUCCACUUCUGGAUUGAUUUUGAGAUAGUUUUAUUUUUCUGAAAUAUUUAUUUAUACCUUUGUUAGUAUUAUUUCUUAAGCAAUCUUAUUCAAUGCUCUUUUAAGAGCACAAUAUUUUAAUCAACAUUGUGUGACAAUAUGAUUUUUCUUUGUUUAUGUAUGAAAUUGCCAUUCAAGGCCGAAAUUUUAGAAAGAAUUUCAUGAAUACAACAAGAAAUAAAUGUACCUUUAUAUCAAA